AUGCGCAGUAAGUGCCCAGAAGUGGCGUCUGUGUGGUUUCAGGGAUAUUGGAAAGUUAGACGAUAUAAUAAACUACAGAAAAAGACGUGUAUUGCAGAGUCAGUUUAGGUGCAACGUGCACAGCCUUGUUUGAGAAGAGGUAAGUUCUGCCUGUUUGGCCAGGAUAGAAGUUGCCUCGGCAGGACAGGACAUAGCCUAUUUAUGGCAAGCGUAGGGAGCUGCUCAGCCUUCUCCAGAUAGCUCUAGAAAUUCUAUCACAUCUAAAGUUUGCGAUCUUGCUGCAUCAGCACUGAGCAUAACGCUAAGAUGGAAAUGUCCAUGGCAUGCAUUCUACAAACUGACAAUACACUACCUAGAAAUGUUCUAAUAACGACCUCAAGUGUGACUGAUGAAAAUGCUAGCUGACUGCGGUAACUUCAGUAGAUAUGACUAGCUGAUGUUAGUUUUGCCAGAAGCUGUGUAGCGUAGGUCAAAUGGAUAUUUCCCUUUGUGGACAUCAAAACAUGCUGGGUUUAAACGGUGAAAUGACAGGAGUGUCUUGUCAGCUUGUUGCAGCUCGUGCUCUGAAAGGCAAGCAUGGGCGUAUGUCGAUAUUUCCCUCCUUGAUUUGUAACCACGGUUCUAACGUUUGGUAGCUAGCAUGUUGAGGUCUUCAUCUUUCUGUAACGCACGGUCUACGUCAAAGCAUCUCAAGUAAGUGUGCUGCAUCGAAAGGAAUUGCAUAAUCAUUGUUCUACACUAAUUUGUGGUUAAGACGACGAGUUAAGCAUAGCGGUGAUGACCAAAACAACUGCACUGACUCACUGGGCAUAGACUGCAGAACUAAGCUUACAAAAGUUUGAUUGACAGUAGGCCUAUGGGCACUGGCAGGCACAGAUGACCGGAUAUAGUUAAGUGUUAAGUUAUAGUUGGAGAAAACAACCUAGAUCUGGUGGGUUAUUAUUCAAACUGUCGGAUGCAAACCAUCACUGAACUCAGGAUAAGGCUCCUAAGAUGUGUUUUUAGGUAAGGUGAGGCAUCUGGCUGUAGCAGGCCCAUGAAGGUUUUUUCUUUCCUCCACCUACGCGUACUAGUAGCAGCGCUCAGCUUGUGAUGCCGGGCGACUGAGUCGGAGCGGUCGCACUAGCACUAUGCCUGCAGCCACCGUGGACCACAGCCAGCGCAUAUGUGAGGUCUGGGCCUUCAACCUGGACCAGGAGCUGAAGAGGAUUCGCCAGGUCAUCCGCAAGUUUAACUAUGUCGCCAUGGAUACAGAGUUCCCUGGCGUAGUGGCCAGGCCCAUAGGCGAGUUCCGCAGCAACGCUGACUACCAGUACCAGCUGCUCCGGUGCAACGUGGACCUGCUGAAGAUCAUCCAGCUGGGCCUCACCUUCAUGAACGAGCAGGGCGAGUAUCCACCCGGCACCUCCACCUGGCAGUUCAACUUCAAGUUUAACCUCACGGAGGACAUGUACGCUCAAGACUCCAUCGAGCUGCUGACGACGUCGGGUAUCCAGUUCAAGAAGCACGAGGAGGAAGGCAUCGAGACGCUCUACUUUGCCGAGCUGCUCAUGACAUCCGGCGUGGUGCUCUGCGAGGGUGUCAAGUGGCUCUCCUUCCACAGUGGCUAUGACUUUGGGUACCUUAUUAAAAUCCUGUCCAAUGCCAACCUGCCGGAGGAGGAAGCUGAUUUCUUUGAGAUCCUCCGCCUCUUCUUCCCCAGCAUCUAUGAUGUCAAAUACCUCAUGAAGAGCUGCAAAAACCUCAAGGGAGGCCUGCAGGAGGUGGCAGAGCAGCUGGAGCUGGAGAGGAUCGGGCCACAGCACCAGGCCGGCUCGGACUCACUACUCACCGGCAUGGCCUUUUUCAAGAUGAGGGAGAUGUUCUUUGAGGACCACAUUGACGACGGCAAGUACUGCGGCCACCUCUACGGUCUGGGCUCCGGCUCCUCAUACGUCCAGAACGGCACGGGCAACGCGUAUGAGGAGGAGGCUAACAAGCAGCAGUCCUGACCUUUCACCCUUCACCUCUGAACUCCGCGAGCCCUAGACCCUGACCUCGGCCAUAGACCGUACACACUCGAGGCCAUAGAGCACUAAGCCUCCAUCAUGUUCAUCGGUUCAUUUCAGCAGGAUGAGAUGGUGAUGGAGGAAGAGGAAACGCCAACAGCGACAUUGAAGACAAGUACUGUAGAUUUGCCCUUUUACCCAAAAUCUUGUCCUUACAGGGUUGGUUAAAAAAAACAAAGUCUAAAGAGAAAUUGAAUUGAGAAAGUAGAAGUUGGCAACGGCUCCAUGCCACUCCAAAAAAAACAACAACAAAAAACACUUUUCUGGAAUACAGAGAUCAAGCAUUUCAACAUUAUUUUCUGUGAAAGCUCCUUGAAAUGGCUUCUGGGUUAUUUUGAACUUCAUAUGCAGUAUGUAUACGGGGGCAUCGUACAAACCGCAAUUUAUAUUAUUUUUGUUGGUUGCAUUUUUUUUUAAGAAAGAAAAGAGACUGUUUUUGCACUUUAUAAGCUCAUUGGCAGACUUGUAUACGAAGCUACAAGAAACUGUUUCCUCUAAGUUGCCUUCUUUCACUUAAUACUUGGUUUCAGUCCAUUGUUCUGAAGGGCAGAGAGGAGUGAUAGUUGAGGAUAGUUGAUGACGUUCUAGUUCAUGUUCUCACCCCAACAAUAUCUCAGCCUUAAAAAUAUGCUACCAUUUGUGUCCUUUGUAGUUAACUUGCACAACAUUUGUUUAUUCGUUUGUAUGUUUGGCUAGUUUGUUUGUUUGUUUUUUGGCCAGCCGUUGGGCUGCCGAGUAGCUACGAAGUCGCAUCAUGACGUUCCCUGGUUAACAGGAUUAGAGACGUAUUAUAUUGUUUUUUUAAUAAAUUAUUUUAUGAAGGGAUCUUCCAUACAUACACACACAGGAAGAGAAAGAGAAACUGAGGCACAUGUGUUUUAUAAUUUAGCAGGACUGAAUGCUGGUUUUGACAGUAGGUGUGGCAAGGAUUGGGAUUCUUAACUGCCAUCAAGGAAUUAAUUACAUAAAAUGUUGUACAUUUUUCAUGGCUAUAGCCCAUUUUAGAUUUUGAGGAAAUGUUUCAUUUAAGGAUUGUGCUGUGUUUAAGUAAGAAGACCACCUUAAUUCCCUAUUUAUUAAUUGAAAAAAAAAAAUCAUAAGAAUUAUGUCUUCUCCUGCCUGCCGACCCAUUAGUUGUGGGACAUUCGUCUGCGCCAGGCGUCAGUGAACAAAGUUCAACAGUGUUUUUUUGUUUAUUAUUAUUAUUUUAUUAUUUUAUUUCCUAAGACUGUUUCCCCCCCUCUUUGUUUUCUUUGUAACAAAAAGGUAUUGCCAGUCAGUCAAUGCACAUCCUGCAGGUGUUUGAACAUUAACACUAAACAUGGCACUUGUUUUCCGAAACUAGGCCAAGCUCUCUUCCAAUGGCCUGUCAGGGCUGUGUGUUUUCGCUUCGCAUGGCCCAGUGCAACCAUAUAUCAUAAAUUGUCUACCGUUAAGUGGUGCUGUAAGAUGUCCACCUCGUCACAGAUCAGCCUUCUUUUACUGUAAAGGUCCAGUGUGAUAUUGAUGUAGUAGUUUAUAUCCAGAAUGUAGGCUGCCCAAAUGUCAUGUUUUUCAUGAAUAUUUACAUCCGCGAUCAAUGACCAGGUACGUAUUAUGGCUUGGAAAUCUACACCUUUCGUACAUGAAUAGGCGGGUCUUCUCCAUGCAAGUCCGCCAUUUUGAAUUUCCAGUCAUGGACAUUUUUGAUUGCGAACUCUACUCUGGUCAGACCAGUGAAUACUUGUACUAAUACUAAUAAGUACAUAUUCAUAAAAUAGAUAGAAUUUGCAAAUGGGUUGCAUACACUUUGAAAACCAACUGCAAAAAGUAUGCACUGGCGAUGAUGCAAAAUCCAUGUGUUGUUCUAUGUCCAUGAAUUGUACACACUUUUGGUUUCUUUUCUUCGUGUGGAGUGGUGUGCCUCAUACUGUACACAAGUCUGUGAACAUCCAUGGGUGUUGAAAACAUGAGGGCAAAGGUGUGGGGGUAAAAAAUAACUAAAUUCUGAUUCAAAAAGUCAGCUUGCAUGUAUAUCGUUGCAGUUUGGAAUUUAGCAAGGAUUAUAAUACGACUAUAGUGUAUAGAAAUAACUUUCUUUUAUAGCUUCUUUGCAACCGUGUGCUUGCCUUGUCCACGUGGGUGUUUUGCAUUUAAGUGCUUGGGGCAUGGCACUUGCAAGUUGAAAACCUGAGUCGCAAUCUAGUCUCGGCUGACGACUCCAUACAUUUUUCAUGUGCGAGGCAAGGCCUCUGACCGUCUGGUCACUCUCUUUACACUUCCAACGUGUGACGACAGGAUUGAUCUUAACAAUCAUUGAACACAAGAACACAAGAGGUGUGUUUUAUUUUUUGUUUGUUUGUUUUGUUUCUUUUCUUUUUUGUUUUGUUUUUAGAGUGUGUAAAUAAAAAGAGCUGUGUUUGUUUUUCUAACACUAUUAUUUGAGCAUGUCAAAUUUGUAUGUGUAUUUGUAGACCUUGGUUUUAUAGAAAUACAAGAAAAUGUUACAAGA